GGCACUUGUAUUGCACAAUUGUCAAGCUUAGCGCAACGUGGUAAAUUUCCGUGGAGCCCCGGGAGUUCCUACAAGCGUUUGGAUCUUAUCUUUUUCUUUCUCACUGACGUCUACAGGACACCAGGCUUUACCAGUGAAAACGACGUAACAUUCCUCUUAACUCACUUCAUACAUUUUGGAGAUGCCUCGGGUUCUCAAUCCUAGAGUCAUAUUUAGUUCUAUUCCAAAAGGCCCACCUGAUGCAGAGACCUUCACUUAUCUGGAAAAUGAGAACAUCGACAUUGAAACAGUCGACCUCGACGGUGGGAUCCUUGUGGAAAUACUGGCGCUUAGCCUGGAUCCAUACAUGCGUAAUCGAAUGAGGCCCAUCGAAGAACCUGCAGAUAUGCCCGCGUUCGGUCUGAAUGAUACUGUCACAGGCUUUGGUGUCAGGCGCGUUUUAAGGUCUGAGGGAGACGGGAUUGAAGCUGGGAGCCAUAUAUAUGGAUUCAUGCCCUUCAAGAAGUUUGUCGUCUUUCCGACUACAACUGCUAUGUCCUUGGAAAUCUCAGGACUCGACUUGAAAGUCCUCAGCAAUCCCUACGGAUUGCCGUGGCAUUACUUCGUUGGCGCUCUAGGUAUGUCUGGACAUACUGCUUACUAUGGGUUGAAAGAUCUCGCUUCACCUAUACCCGGUCAAACUCUAUUCGUUUCUGCUGCGUCCGGUGCAGUCGGCCAUCUGGUAAUACAAAAUAGCAAAGAUUCAAAAGCUCAAUUUCGGCCCUCGGCUUCGCGUAGAAGAUCUUAAUAUACAUAAAAAGUAUGUGCGACUUGAAUAGAGCUGAGACCAGC